GGUUUAAGCUUAGCGGAGCCUCUCUAGGCGAAUGUUGUCUAUGAUCGUAGUCCUUGUAGUUUAGAAGGCGAAAUGGGGAAGGAAGUUGGGGAGGAAGGCGACUUUUACCCCCGGAAGUGGAGGCUUCUGGAGGGAUCCCCAAAGUAGCCCAAAAACAGUGACCAACAAUGGAAUAUGUCCAAUUUCAGUCCCAUCGAGCUGGGUGAACUUCCUGCCAAGCUGUGAAAGUCGGAAGAAGUCGCCGCGAAAGGAAGCUUGCUGGAAAUUAGCAAGGAACCGAGGCUAGGUUUGGAGAAAACUUCAAUAUCGUACAGAAGGAGGAUAUCCUGUGCUUCAGAACAAUCAUGAAGGGAGAAGAGUGUAUGCCAGGCCCAGAGGGAGGUUUCCCACGUGACAUUGAGAGUUACAUGGCCACAAAGCCUCCGGACCUCGGAGACAGCUGCAUCCUCUUCUCACGGUUCGGCAAGUGCCGGUAUUGGGUUACCUGUCGGUUUGCCGGAGCCCACUUAGGAGAAGGCUACCAGAACGUGGUCAAUGAAGAGCUAUGGCAAGAGUGGAAGGGGAAGUCAACAGUGAGGAAUAUGCUGGUGAAUAAGGGAUCCGGCUCCUUGAUGUUGAAGAAUUUUUUCUUUAGAAAGUCCAGUGACUACCUUUUCUGCCUCAAGAAGGCCAGUAAGGCAAUGAAGGCUGCCACCACCAAAACAACUGGGACCACAACUCUCAAAACAGUUGGUGUCCUGACAGACGAGGACCUCAUAAGGCUGAGGCCGUGUGAGAAAAGAAAGCUGGAUUUCCAGGGCAAGCUGUAUUUGUCAUCAUUAUCCAACUGUGGCUCCCUCCCCUUCCGGAGGAUAUGCAAGCGGUUCGGAGCGGACAUCACCUGUGGAGAGAUGUUUACUUGUGCAUUGUCCCAGAAUGAGCUGCCAGGUAUCACAUCGUCUCUCCACCGCCAUGAAACAGAGGAUCUCUUUGGCAUCCAGCUGCAAGGAACAACUCCCAAACAAAUGGUCAAUUAUGCAGAGCUGCUCAACGAGACGGCCGAAGUGGAUUUUGUAGACAUUAACGCUGAGUAUCGGGGAGGCUGUGUCUUAAUGAACCAUCUUGUUGAGUUUGAACAGAUCGUCCGCGGCAUGGACUACGUUUUGAGUGUUCCCGUGACAGCGAAGAUCAGGACUGGUAUUGCAAAGAAAUGCCGGAUAGCUCAUACCUUGAUUCCCAAACUCCGGGACUGGGGAGCCUCUAUGGUCACGCUCCAUGGCCGGUCAAGAGAGGAGAUGCACCAAAACUUGGCAGACUGGGAAUACAUAGGAGAAUGUGCCAAAGUCGCUGCCCCGAUGCCUCUUUUCGGAAAUGGGGAUAUUUUCUCUUUCGAAGAUGCCACUCGAGCCAUGGAGACUGGCGUUUCAGGGAUUGCAAUUGCUAGGGCGGCUCUCAUCAAGCCUUGGAUCUUCACUGAAAUCAAAGAGCGGCGGCACUGGGACAUCUCCGCGCGGGAACGGCUGGACAUGCUCAAAGACUUUACGGACUUUGGCCUGGAGUACUGGGGAUCGGACAAGAUUGGUGUGGAGAAGACAAGACAUUACAUGUUGAAUUGGCUUCCGUUUCUCUGCAGGUACAUCCCAGUUGGAUUACUUGAGCAUCUUCCUCCGAAAAUGAGUGACCAACACCCUGGCGUUUUGUAUGGAGACUACCUGGAAAACUUAAUGUCAAGCGAAAUGAUCAAAGACUGGGUGAAGAUCAGCGAGAUGUUUUUAGGUACGGUUCCUGACGAUUACCAUUUCGAGCCAGCUCACGAUGUCGAUGCGUACUUCAGGCAGCCAUAAUGAAGCAAGACCCUAAUUCUGCCUCCACUUGAGGCGUCCAUGUACAUGUUGUGAAUCCUUCAUUUCCAAGCACUAAAAAAUUGUGUCACGCGUAUGGAUAUGUGCCAGGUCCCAGGUUUAAAUGUCUUUAAAUUGCUUUUGUUGGGCAAGAGCUUUUUGUAAAGAGAAAUAAAGAUUUUUUUUCUUAAUGA